UAUAAAUAAAUAAAAUAAUUAUGGAUCAAUAUCCAGAUGAAAAUGAAGAGUUUGAAUUACAAUAUCAAGAUGAAUUGGAAAUGAUGAAUGAGUUUCCUUCAGAUGAGCAAAAUGACUUUCAACCUGGAAAAUCAGCAAACAGUGCCAAUAUAUUGAAACCUACACUAAGCCAAAUUACCCUAAAUUCUCCACAACUAUCGCAAAUAAGUUUUAGUGGUGAUGAUUCGCAAAUUUCCACAUUGGCGGGACCGGUUAAUCGGCGUUUAUUUGGUACACCCAAACAGCCUCACGCCAGAGGUGCCUCCACACCGCUGGCUUCAAAAAAUAAAAUGGCCACCAUACAAGAAGUGAUCGACGUCGAAGAAGAAGAGGGGCCCUCAACUGCCAAUAAAGCAUUAGAAGAAUUAGAAAGAGCUACACUUAAACGCAAGCGGCUGGAAAGAGAUCUAUUUGGUAAUAUUGAUGAUAUAUUCGGCAAUGAAACCUAUGAAGAUCCAGAGGCCAAAAAAGCACGCACAGAGGAAGAAAGAGAUAUGGAAGCAAUUGAAAAGAUUUUAGAAACCAGAAAAAAAUUACAGGAACAAAGUAAAGCUGUGCGCAAGGAUAAUGUGUCACGUUUGGAGGCUUUACAUGUAUUCAAAAUGAGAAAUUUGUCUUAUUCAAUACCUCAGUGGCCAUUUAUGCCACUCAGACGCAGCGAUGAGGAGAGAGUGUAUGUCAGGUUCCAUUCUGAAGAUUAUGAGACAAAAGCCAUAAAUGAAAUAAAAGCAGCAGCCACCAUGGGCAGCCUUUUGGGAGAAAACAAACAGAAAAUAUGGGAAGAAGCCAAUGAAUUAGUGUUGAAAAGAACUAAUUCUAAAGCAAAGGACACACAAGAACUUGAUGUCAUAGUUGUAGAGCCCACUGCCGACAAAGAUACUCGAUUGUGGGUGGAGAAAUAUAAACCGCGCAAAUAUAUGGAUCUUUUAUCAGAUGAAAUGACCAAUCGCAGUCUUUUAUAUUGGUUAAAAAUGUGGGAUAAAGUGGUAUUUGGCAAAGAAUUUAAAGCAUUGCAGGCCACUGCGAACAAUAAUAGCGAACUGAAUACCUUUAAUAAACGCACUGGAAAGUUUGAAUCUACAGGCGGUUGGCGUUCACGUAAAACCAAACAAUUUCUCAACACAAAUGUUGAUGAAAUGGGCAGACCUAUGCAAAAAGUAGCCUUGUUAUGUGGACCACCUGGCCUGGGUAAAACUACACUGGCUCACACUAUAGCUCGACAUGCUGGCUACAAUGUACGAGAAAUUAAUGCAUCCGAUGAUCGAAGUCCGGAAGCAUUUAAAUUGGCCCUGGAAAAUGGUACACAAAUGACCUCAGUUAUGAAUGAAUCGAAAAAACCAAAUUGUAUUAUAUUGGAUGAAAUUGAUGGUGCACCACGUCAAUCUAUUGAGUUUUUGGUUAAAUUCGUUACGGACAGUGUACUAAGUAAGGCUAAAGCGAAAGGUGGCAAGCCAGCUCACAAUAUUUUGAAACGUCCCAUUAUAUGCAUCUGUAACGAUGUUUAUGAUCCGGCUUUGAGACCUUUAAGGCAAAUUGCUUUUGUUGUUACAUUUCCGCCCAUUGAUUCGGCCCGCUUGGCCGAACGUUUAAUACAGGUGGCGCAUAAUGAGCGUCUGAAAACUGAUUUUGGUACUUUAAUUUCAUUAGCUGAAAAAUCUGGCAAUGAUGUGCGUUGCUGUAUUUCAACAAUGCAAUUCUUUAGCGCUCAAAAAAAUGCUUUAAAACUACAAGAUGUUCUAAACAACAAUCUGGGACAAAAAGAUCGGCAUCAAGGUUUAUUUGAUGUUUGGGGUGCGAUAUUCAGAAUUCAACGUCCUAAAAAACAAUUAACACAGGCACGCGGUGAAGAUGAAGCUCAAGUUACAAUGACGGACAUGUCAUUGAAUACCCGAGUACGUCAUACCCUAGAUGUAGUACAUUCGGGUGGAGAUUAUGGACGUCUAAUGCAGGGUGUUUAUGAAAAUUAUUUGCAACAAAAAAUGCCCGAUCCAAAUUUAAAUGGCAUAGUACAGGCCACUCAAUGGUUUUGUUUCUCGGACACAGUUCAGUCUCAAAUCAAUCAUCUCCAGAAUUACACCGUCUAUCCUUAUUUGCAAUAUGGUUUCGUUAUAUGGCAUCUCAUGUUUGCUUCGUUGGCCUGGCCUAAAAUAAAUUUUCCCACUAAAGGCUAUGAGUUUCAACAAAAAUUGACAACACAAAAGAAUAUCUACCAAUCUCUACGUAAAUCGUUUACUGCUACCACAGUGGGCAUUGGCCAGGGCUCUGCGGUAUUAUUGGAGACGGUGCCUCUGUUAAAGUCCAUAUUAUCACCACAAUUAAGAUCCGUGGCCAUACAAUUGUUAUCACAAAAAGAACAAUCCGACUUAAAGCAUUGUGUAGAAGUAAUGGUGGACUUGGGCAUUACCUAUACCCAAGUAAAGUCGGCCGAUGGUCCCUAUAUAUUUCGCAUGGAACCUGAUAUUGAUACCAUAAUGCAAUUCCCUAAUUACCCGGGAGUAACACUCUCAUAUUUUGGCAGACAACUUGUGGCACGUGAGGUGGAAUUAGAACGCAUACACCGUUCUACGCCUAAAGCAAUAGGACCUAAUAGAUUUGCACCACCAUCAAAACCUGCACCGAAAAAUAUCUCACCUAAAAGUUUACCCAAUCACUUGCAACGUCUCAAUCCUAAACGAAUUGAAACAACAGCUGGUGGCAAGGCGGUUGAAGCGGUCUCUAAGGAUUUCUUUGGUCGUAUACAACGUAAAACCGCCGCACAAACAUUGGCUGAGGAAUCUAAAUCUGAUCCAAUUGUUAAAAGUCCCAUUUGGUAUCGUUACAAGGAGGGUUUCAAUAAUGCUGUACGCAAAGAUAUUCAUAUGAAUGAAUUGUUGUAACAAAUACAUAAACGUACAUAAAUUUAGUUUAGAUUUACUCUUUUAUUUCUUUUAAUAUACGAUAUUAUAUUAGUUUUAAAUGUAUUUAUGUAUUAAAUUUGUGUUAAUAAAUGG